UGAUGCAAUACUUUUAAAUUGUUAGCAGAUAAUUCAAGGAUAUAUAUUAAUAUUAUUAUUAAUCCAGAUUGCAGGCUUAUAAAUCUGAAGUUUGGGUGUUUCAUUUUUCAUAAUUAGUAAAAGGGGUGAAUGGCAUUGACAAUAAGAGUAAUGUUUCAUCUCAUAGUUUUUUCAGUGAUCAGUUUGGUAAUUUUUCAACAGAAAAGCGAUGCAAAAGAAUUAAUAAAGCUUGAAAAACCAAGAUUGAUAAAUUGCAGAUUUGAUAGAAUAUAUCAGUUUGGUGACUCACUUUCUGAUACUGGCAAUUGCAUCAGAGAAAGUCUUUGUGCAGCUCAUUCUAUAUGUGGAACACUUCCUUAUGGAAUGAAUUUUUACCAAAACCUAACGGGACGUUGUUCUGAUGGCAUGCUCAUGAUUGAUUUUAUAGCAUUGGAAUCAGGUCUUCCUCUUCUAAAUCCUUACAAGGAUGAAAGUGCAAAUUUCAGACAUGGUGUGAAUUUCGCAGUAGCAGGAGCUACUGCUUUAUCCGAUGAAACUAUGGCAGAUAACAAGAUUUUUAAUAUAGUUACCAAUAUUUCAUUAAGUGUGCAACUUGAUUGGUUCUCUUCCCAUUUUCAAACCACCUGCUCCACUGAUUGUCGAGAAAAAUUGAAAAACUCACUUUUCCUAGUUGGAGAAAUAGGAGGAAAUGAAUUCAAUUAUGGCUUAUCGCAAGGUAAAACCAUUGAGGAAUCGCAAAAAAUGGUGCAUGAAGUUGUUAAGACUAUCAUUCAUGCUGUUAAAAGGGUCAUCGGCUUAGGAGCUACUCGAAUUAUAGUUCCAGGAAAUUUUCCAAUUGGUUGUCUAUCGGGUAUGUUAACGCAAUUCAUGACCAACAAAACAACUGCGUACGACGAGUAUAAUUGCUUGAAAGAUUUAAAUAAUUUUGCAAUUUUUUACAAUAAUCAUUUACAACAAGCCAUUGAUGCAUUGAAGAAAAAGUUUCCAAACACUACACUCAUUUAUGGUGACUACUACAAUGCCUAUCUGUGGCUUUUACAAAAUGCCGUGAGACUUGGAUUCGAUAAAAAUUCUCUACACAAAGCAUGUUGUGGAAUAGGAGGAGACUAUAACUACAACAUACAUAAAAGAUGUGGAUCUCCAGGAGUUGAAGUGUGUGUUAACCCGAGUACUUAUAUCAAUUGGGAUGGAGUUCAUAUGACAGAAAAAGCAUAUAAGUGGUUGGCAAGAUGGCUAAUUGAUGACAUGUUAUUCCAAUUGAACUGUCAUGUUUAAGUUCAAUGGUUAUACUACAAAUAACAACAUAAAUCAUCUAUAAAUAUUCUAUUUAUUUAUUUGUAACAUAUAUUAUCAAUCUCUCUGCACAUGAUGACUAAUUGUUGAAUCUUUGAAUGAGCCUUAUGAUUCUUUGAUA